AUGCACGAUAAUGGCCGCCAGUUUGCAUGCAAAUGUCUGAAUAUGCGCAUCCGCGAACAGCCCGCGGCACCUCCUUCACCAUCCGAAUGGCCAGUUGAUUCAAACUGGGAGAGAGUCUACGUUGGAGACAAGGGCAUAACUAUUGCUCACCCCCAGCUCACAUCGAGAGUCAGGUCGCGGGGGCCAGUCUCAAAUGAAUCAUCGAGAUCGCCACGAUAUAUUUCGCUGAUGUGCCUCAUAUGCAAGGCUUAUGUCUAUCGUAUCUACCAGAAUACCCCAAACGAAGCCGACAAAGAUGCGCCAAACGUGGCGCCCGAAGGAUGGAUAGAACAAGAAGUCAUGAAAAGCCUGAGCGGUUGGAUCGAAGUACAAAAGGAGUGUCUGACUGGCGAGUCCAUACAACGAGCGGAAUCCACGACCGACUAUUCGACCCUUUUCUCUGUCGUCCUACCGUCCCCAACGGUGCUCCCACCAUCACCCCAGGCCGCCGCAGAGCGUUUGACGCCGGUUACGACACCAUCUCCACAGCUACCAAAGGAGCACUUACCCGAACGCAGUCCGCUGUUCCCACCACCGCCAUUCUCACCUUCGCAUCCCGUAUUUACCCAUCUGUCGGCAGUGGCGUCCGCCCAGGUCAUCAAGUUACGCGCCCAGGCGGAGGAAUCUAUUGCCGAGUUCAUUCGUAAUAAAGUGGCGGAGCUGGAUCACGCAGAGUCAGUUUUGAGGGAGCAAGUCGGAUGCCUGUGGAAAACGUAUCAGAUAGGCUCCAGCGAACUCCGUCAAGUAGCUGACGCGCCCCAUACGCCGGUCCGACACAAUAGCGGCAAGGAAGCAUCUGCGCACCCACAAGCAAGCACAACAAUACGCGAUUUCGUACCAUCGCCGAUACCUCCGACGCGACCCAUGUCCGCUACAGCGACUAGACGGAUAUCCUCGUUAUCUGCAUCUCUUGCCACCUCCACGUUCCACCAUCCACGCGCAGUGGAGGAAAACAAGAACGAGUCGAUAUCACAGAGCGUCGUAUCGAACCCUCCUCCCGCUUCGAUUCUCGUUGCGAAUCCGCAAGCCCUCAACGGCAGUAACGUUCUGCAAUUUCCUCGGAACACUAAUGACGACAUCAACACGGCCGCUAGCUACCGCUUUUUCCUCAACCUGGAGGAAGAGAUGGCCCGCAAGAAGCAGCAACAAGAACGUGUAAAGAAUGAAUCAAAGCCCUCGUCACAGCUCGCACCUGCCAUCGCAACACGCGACAAGCCUUCUGCAGAUCAGGAAGGGGAAGCGGGGAAAGGUGUCACUGAUGAGACACAUGGCCAGGAUAAAGGAAAGCGCAAGGAGAGGAAAGUUACGUUUGAUGUGCAGCCAGCCGUGGUGACAAUAAAAACCGAUGUGAAGGCAGAGAGUGAAGAAGAGCGGGCUCGUGCCCGUGCUCGAAAGGACCAAGACUCAGAUAUGGUCUUUGAAUUGGAAGAAGGCAGUGAGGCUUCGGAUUCUGAGGAGUCGAGACCCGUCCUGCCGCUGAUCGAGCAGCCAGCACCGUCCCGAUCCAACCGACAUCGUACAGCACGUCAAGCCAACCUUCGUCUCGGUGGUCUACCCGAGGCAUUCGCUGGGCUCAGACCCGCGUCGUUACCUGCACCAUCAAGCGUUCGUCCCCCAUUAAGAAGUUACCAUCAGGGUGUCGAUUCGUCGUCGUCCCAGGCCGCCAUGCUUUCGCCACCCCCUCGGGUUAGCAAACCUAAGGCUACGCCGCCUCCACCAGAGGAGCCGCCCACUCCGCGCGAAGCAGAGAUAUUAUCAUUACUGGCCGCCGAUAUGCCCAGCCAUCGAGGCGCUUGGAGGCGCGAUGGUAGAGCUUGGAAGUCAUUCGUCAACCGCAUGCACGCCGAUGACAAGGUUGACGAUAUUCCCGAAGAAGACGAGGACUCUGUUGAAGAGUCUGGGAUGAAUGGUCGUAGUGAUCAUUUCAUAGGCUCGAUGCCCGUUGCUAUUAAACACGUUAGGCCGGCAAAACAAGCCUUGAGCCUGGCCUCAUACCAGCCUACGGCCGCGAUACACAACCUUACAGAGGGCAAUACCAAUAACAACUCUGGCGCCGCGCUCCGCCGGAUGAACUACGCUAAGCGGGAUCCAGGUGCUCUGGACUUUGCGGCAGAUCGAAGUGACGAUACCGAUGAUUCGGACGAGCGUAACCCCGUCGGCGCAGAAGAAGGUCGUGCCAGGAAACUCGCACUGGAAAUUCUGAAAGCCCGUAAUAACAUACCGGAGGAAGGCAUGUGGAGAAGUCUAGCAUAA